AUGCAGGCAUCUGCUAGGGUGGGUCGAGGAAUUCAGGAGCGCCUUGGUCUUAGAACAACCUCAGGAUUUUUGAAUUGGCAGAGGGUUCUUCCACACGAUGAAGAUGAAGUCGCUGACGAGGUUCAAAUAUUUGAGUAUGAGCAACAACUGGAUCGAGCGUUUUUAUCGAAAGGGUCGAUUAUCGGGCUGGGGUUCGCCCUCAUGAGUCCCGUCCUUGGUAUGAGCACAACAAUUAACAUUGGUCUAGACAACGGAGGGCCACUGACGAUCGUUGUGGGCUUCCUUGUUUGUGGUGUGGCAACUUGGCUCUGUUCUUUGUCACUAGGGGAAAUUGUUUCCAGAUUUCCCAUGGAGUUGCACGGAAGCAGCGCAAUGCUGGCACCUCAUGGCUACAAAUUACCCUGUGCGUGGUUCACGGGCUGGCUUAUGCUACUUGGCAACUGGACUAUGAGCACCAGUAUCACUUUUGCCGGUGCUCAGCUGGUCAUUUCACUUAUCACUAUGACCAACGAACAACUUAUUAGCGAGUCGUUCAUCAUGUUCUUUACGGUCAUUGUCUUCUACCUCAUCGUCACCAUCGUGGGUCUUGUCAAUUGGAAGUUUGCAAGUAUCGUCGAAACUGUUAACAAGGUGUGUGUCUACUGGAUUAUUUAUGCGGUCAUAUUCAUCGACAUUUUACUGUUGUUGUUUCACUCAGGUCGCUAUAGGUCUAUCAAAUACGCAGUGACCCACUUCGAUAAUUCAAGGUCCGGUUAUUCAAGUGCUGUCAUGUCAUUUAUGAUUGGAUUCCAGCAGUCUAAUUUUACACUUCAAGGGUUUAGCAUGCUACCGGCCCUGGCCGAUGAAGUGCGAGAGCCAGAGCGCGACAUUCCCAAAGGUAUGUCAGCAGCGGUAAUCACAUCAGGCGUAGCAGGUAUUAUAUUUUUAUUGCCUAUUAUGCUAAUUUUACCAGACGUGGAUGUCAUAUUCAGCAAUCCCAAGUUGUUGCCAAUCGUUUACAUAUUUACGAAAUCCACGCACUCCAUGUUCGUGUCCAUCUUCCUCGUUGUCAUGAUUCUUGGCAAUCUUCUGUUUUCAGGAAUUGGUUCGAUGACAACAUCUUCUCGUGCAGUGUUCAGCAUGAGUCGGGAUAGAGCAUUGCCUUAUAGUCAACUUUGGUCGUAUGUCGAUGUCGACUCAAAGCAUAAGGUCCCAAGAAAUUCUAUUCUGCUGAGCAUGGGAGUAUCAUACCUCCUAGGACUUUUGGCACUCAUAUCCACAGCAGCGUUCAAUGCGUUUAUGGGGGCUGCCGUUUUGUGUCUAUGUUCUGCCACUUGUAUCCCCCUGCUGUUAGUUAUUAUCUCUCGCCGGAGAGCAUUGCGCGGGUCGCCAGUGAAAGUGAGAUAUCGGCUUGGAUGGCCGGUCAAUAUUUUGAGCAUAACUUGGUUACUCUAUACUAUGGUCGUGAUAUGUUUACCUCCAAAAGUGCCAGUAACAUUGAAAUCGAUGAACUAUGCGAUUUUAGUUUAUGUGAUGUUUCUGGCGGGAAUCACACUUCUAUAUUUUCGCUGGGGCAAAGGAAACUUUAUACUUCCAUUGAUUGGUGAGGAAAACAGAGCGAAUACCUCUGAAGACGCCAUUCAAAUGCAGCACUUUGAGGAUUCAAAAUGA